UCGAACGGUUCGUAGCAAGAACACACUAUAAGCGAAAGCAAGAACGAGACUGCGUCUAAAGAGUGCCACGUUGUCCCGCUGUAGUAGAUGGUGAACUAACAUCACAAAAUGGUCAAUCUAUCCGCUUUGCUCAGACUCCCAGCUGCGAUGGGCAGCCCCAAGCUGAAGACGGUCCCGAAGGCGAUCUACAACCACCUGCGAGGAUUUCCGGUGGUCAACGGCGAGAUCACCCAGUUGUCGGCCAAGGUUCGUGACUUUGUAGAGCAAUCGGCAGCGCUAUGCCAACCGGAGAAGAUCCACAUCGUCGAUGGAACCGAGGAAGAGAGUAGCAGCUUGCUGAAGAUGCUGCACAGCCAGGGAACGAUUCAACCACUGCCCAAGUACGAGAACUGCUGGUUGGCGCGCACAAACCCGGCUGACGUGGCCCGUGUCGAGUCGAAGACGUUCAUCUGUACCGAAAAGCGCGAACAAGCCAUUCCCACGCCGAAAGAUGGCGUCCAGGGAUCGCUCGGCAAUUGGAUCUCACCUGAGGACUACGAGGCCGCGAUCCAGGCCCGCUUCCCAGGCUGCAUGAAGGGACGCACCAUGUACGUGGUGCCGUACUCGAUGGGACCGAUCGCGUCACCGCUGUCCAAGGUGGGCAUCGAAAUCACCGACUCGGCGUACGUCGUCAACUCGAUGCGCAUCAUGACCCGCAUGGGCGAAGAAGUGCUGGACAAACUGUCGGACAAUUCGGACUUUGUCAAGUGUCUCCACUCAGUUGGAACCCCGGCCAACGGCAAGAUAUCGAUGCCCUCGUGGCCCUGCGACCCGGAACGGACCAUCAUCCUGCACAAACCCUCCGUCAACGAGAUCGUCUCGUACGGUUCCGGCUACGGCGGUAACUCGCUGCUCGGCAAGAAAUGCUUCGCCCUUCGUAUCGGCAGCACUAUCGCCAAACGUGAAGGUUGGCUCGCCGAGCACAUGUUGAUCCUCGGUAUCACCAACCCCAACGGAGAUAAGAAGUACAUCGCCGCGGCGUUCCCUUCGGCCUGCGGUAAAACCAAUCUGGCCAUGAUGACUCCGACGCUGCCCGGCUACAAAGUGGAGUGCGUUGGCGAUGACAUCGCGUGGAUGAAGUUCGACUCCAAGGGUCAGCUGCGUGCGAUCAACCCGGAGAACGGAUUCUUCGGCGUAGCCCCGGGAACCUCGCGAGCCACCAACCCGAACGCCAUGGACACCAUCUACAAGAACACGCUCUUCACCAACGUGGCGUCCACCUCGGACGGUGGCGUCUUCUGGGAAGGCAUGGAAGAUGAACUGGCCCCAGGAGUCCAGAUCACCGAUUGGCUCGGCCAACCGUGGAAGCUGAACGAAUCGAAAAAUCCAGCAGCCCACCCCAACUCCCGAUUCUGUGCCCCCGCUAGCCAAUGCCCCAUCAUCGACCCAGCCUGGGAAUGCAACGAGGGAGUCCCAAUCUCCGCCAUCCUCUUUGGAGGCCGCCGUCCAGAGGGUGUCCCCCUCGUCUACGAGGCCAACUCGUGGUCUCACGGAGUCUUCAUCGGAUCAGCCAUGCGCAGCGAAUCCACCGCGGCCGCAGAACACAAGGGCAAGGUCAUCAUGAACGAUCCGUUCGCGAUGCGUCCCUUCUUCGGAUACAACUUCGGCGACUACCUGAAGCACUGGCUCAGCAUGGAGGAACGCGCGGCCCAAGCCGGCGGAAGCAUGCCCAAAAUCUUCCACGUCAACUGGUUCCGCAAAAACGAACAAGGCAAAUUCCUGUGGCCCGGAUUCGGUGAAAACAGUCGCGUCCUGGACUGGAUCUUCCGACGAAUCGAGGGAGAAAAAUGCUACCAAGACACCCCGAUCGGUCGCAUCCCCAGCCCCGGAACGAUCAACCUGGAAGGCCUCAACCGACGAGUCGACGAGAAGGCACUCUUCUCAAUCCCGCAAAAGUUCUGGCUCAAGGAGGUCGACGAAAUCAAACAGUACUACGACAACCAACUGCCUCACGAUCUGCCGCAAGCGAUCGGCAAGGAGUGGCAGGAGCUGAAGAGUCGCGUGGAAGAAAUGUGAGGCCCUUCAGGGUCGUCCUCCUGUACAGUAGCUUAGACACAUACUAGCCUUAAGCCUUAGCUCAUCUAUUAAGUAUUAACGUCUAGACGAAUAGUUUAAGAUUAUCAGUCGAUCGCAAUAAAACAAACAUACCAAAAACGAAAA